AUGGUGUCCUUCUUGCUGGCAUCGUUGAGCUCGACGCAGCGUGUCGUGGCGCGUGCAUUGCGAGGCCAACAUCCACUCCAACGCCAACUCCAACUCCAACAGCGCAUGGUGCUUCCAUCUGCAUGUGCGACUCUGAUCUGCGCUCAUCAUGCCUCAGCCUGCCGUCCAGCAAGCAGCCCAGGCAACAACAACAGGCGGGCAAUGCACACAAUGUCAACCACUGUCCCGUCGUCGCCACAGCCAACGCCAGGCAGCACUGCCGCUGGUGUCGCAGUGUCGCAGCAGCCACAGUCCAAGGCGUCCCCCGUGCUCACAGACACGUUCGGGCGAGGGCACACGUACUUGCGGAUUUCGCUCACCGAGCGCUGCAACCUGCGCUGUGUCUAUUGCAUGCCCGAACAUGGCGUCGAACUCUCGCCAAACGGAGCCCUGCUGACCACGGACGAAAUCAUCCGCCUCGCUCAACUCUUUGUGAGCCAAGGCGUUGACAAGAUCAGACUCACUGGUGGUGAACCAACCGUGCGCAAGGACCUGGUUCCCCUCGUUGAACGGCUUGGCCAAAUCGAUGGACUCAAAAGCAUCGCCCUGACCACGAAUGGCAUUGUUUUGGGACGCUAUCUACCACAACUGCAAAAGGCAGGCCUGACACAUCUCAACAUUAGCCUGGAUACUCUCCAUCAGCACAAGUUUGAAAUCAUGACACGUCGAAAAGGCUGGGAUCGAGUAUGGGAGAGCAUCAAACUUGCCAUCAGCCUCGGAUAUGAUCCGGUCAAAGUGAACUGCGUCGUCAUGCGCGGUAGCAAUGAGGACGAAGUGUGUGACUUUGUCGAACUGACACGUACCAUGCCGCUGGAUGUGCGGUUUAUCGAGUACAUGCCUUUCGAUGACAACAAAUGGAACAGCCAGAAAAUGGUAUCCUACCAAUCCAUGGUCGAAACCAUUCGAGCACGCUUUCCAGAAUUUGAACGAAUGGAAGAUCGGGCGAACGACACGUCCAAAGCAUACAAAGUUCCAGGCUUUGUCGGUCAAGUGGGUUUUAUUACCUCAAUGAGUGAUCAUUUUUGUGGGACUUGCAAUCGCCUGCGCAUUACUGCAGAUGGCAAUCUCAAGGUGUGCCUGUUUGGAAAUGCUGAAGUCUCCUUGCGAGAUGCGAUGCGAGCGGGCGCCACGGACGAAGAGCUUCUGCCCGUCGUUGCUGCAGCUGUCAGCCGCAAGAAGAAGCAGCACGCAGUGUCUGUAAAGCGCCCUCCGCCAGUGCCAUUCUUCAAGAAACCCAUCCUCCAGCAACAGAACAGCUUGCUUUCUUAUGUCUCUUCUCAACCCGCAAUGCCGGCAGUGCGUGCUGGCGCCUUUUCCUCUCCCAUCUUGUCCCUUCUUUCAACGCCGCCACCAAUCCCGUCUAUGCUGUCUUUGCCUCGCGCUUUCCCGGCCCCCUCUCUCUUCCGCGCGUUUUCUACGUAUUCCACCCAGCGUCUUGCGGCAAACUCCAACAAGCUGACUCACGUGGACGAGCGCGGGCGUGCCUCCAUGGUCGACGUUGCAGCCAAGAGCAACACGCAGCGGAUUGCGGUGGCUCGCGGUCGCGUUAUUCUGGGACGGCUCGCAUUCCAAAUGGUCCGGGACAACACCAACAAGAAGGGCGAUGUUCUGACGGUCGCGCAGCUUGCUGGAAUCAUGGGCGCAAAACAGACGUCCCAGCUCAUCCCCUUGUGCCACAACAUCUUCCUGUCCAGCGUGAAGGUCCAACUCGAACUCAAUCCUGAGCUGGACGCAAUCGACAUCCGUGCCACCGCAAAGUGUGUUGGGCCCACGGGCGUCGAAAUGGAGGCAUUGACGGCUGUCUCUGUUGCUGCCUUGACUGUCUAUGACAUGUGUAAAGCGGUCACCCAUGACAUCCGCAUCGAAGCCAUUCAUCUGGAAUCGAAAUCUGGAGGACAGUCUGGCAACUACCAAUCCCCCGAAUCUCGUCACUGA